UGACCUCGCAUUUCAUCUUUUUCUAUUCUUAUUGACGUGUUCCAAUGUGCUGAACAAAAUCAUGCAGUGACAUUUUUUUAUAAAUUUUUUAUAGUUUAUAUUAUUUAUUUUGAAUAUGUCUACAAGAAUUAAAUUAAACGUAAAAAAUAUAACAACUAGCUUCCAGAACUUUAGUGACGUCUUAGGUCAUGAAUCUAAGAUCCACAAUGGUUUCUCUUGUUUAGUCGUACCGAGGUCGAUUCCUCUGCGUCGACCUGAUUGCAAGUAUUACAAGCAAGACUACGUAAGAAGAAACAAUUUAGACUAUGCUAGACUUGCACUGACCCCGGCGCCGGGGAGCCGGUCUCUGAAACGCAUAGCUUCGGACAUACCGCUGCCCGGAAAAUGGCUUGAUACGGUGCAUAUGAUUCCCGGCACCCCAGGCAGAACCCGUCCCUGGCAGUCCAGCUACAGCUUCUACUAUGACAAGAAGAAUCCACAAUGCCCACCUCCGAGCCCUAAAGUGGAGGUUGAAGAGAAGGAGCCCGACGACCCCAACGUAGUCGACUGUACCUGUCCCGAUCCUUGUCCGGACACUAGUGGCUGUUCAGACGCUCCGCGGCCGCAGGUGCACAUUAUUCCGGCCUACACCCCUUGCAAAGACGGUUCCUGGGAGUCGAGCUGCAACUUCUUCUAUAAUACACAGAACCUGCAAUAUCCGUCUGGAGCCCUAACAUCAGACUAUGAUGUAAAGGGGGUCGAUAAGAAGACUGUCAGCUGCCCCGACACGACGCAGCAGCAGGUGAAAAUAAAAACUUCUUGCGAAGAGUACCUCUUCGCUAAGCCCAAAAUUAGCCUGUUUCCUAAGAGAAAAUGCAGUUUUGUUGUACCCCUGAACUUUUAUAGACGUUUCUCAUCUAAAUGCUCAUGUUCUGGUGGUAAACGGCCCGACGAUCCCGACAUCGUCUGCAGAGCUAAGCCCUUGACAGUAAGAAAAGAAAGGCAGUCGAAGUGUGGCCCUAGAAAAAAAGUCAGAAAAAUUCCUACAAAAAAACGAAGACUGAAAGCUGGUCCUGCUUAUCCCUUUCGAAGGAGAAAUUCUAUACCGAAACAGGAGAAACAGGGAGGUGACCGUCCAGUUUGUCCCCCUAAGAAGAAGAAGAAGAAGAAGAUAGUAAAAAAAGAUUGUUGUCCAAAAGGAGAUAGAAGACGUAAAGCUUGUGCUCCUCAAAAGAAUUUGCCUUCAAACGACGCUUGGAAGAGUAGUAAGGGUCCAUCUCCUUGGAAGAAGGUUCGUACAUCUUUAAGUGCCUGUCCUCGAAAGAGGGUCAAGAAACCUGAGGAGCUCAAUAAACCUGCCGGGGGACGGAGAACAUAUCCAUGUGGAGGUGGAGGUAAAGCCAAGAAAGAUAAGAGUGGUGGUUCCGAGAAGACCUGUCGCGCACUUAUUAAGCCUCGGCCCCACCCGGCUUCGAAAAAGAAAGACUACUGCGGAAAAAUAAGCGGGCCGCAAAAGCCCAAGUGUAAGAAAUAA